AGCAGAUUGGGAGAAAAUAAAACAAAACCUGAAAUUCAGAAAUUCAUCCAAUUCCCAUCUAAUCAUUCAUGGCUUCCUCCAGUAAUAUGGGAAACGAAACCCUAGAAGAAGAAGAUGAAGAGGAAGUGGAGCCAGAAGGUUUUGAUGAUUUCACUCUUGCUUCUUCAUGGGAAAGAUUCAUUUCUGAAAUAGAGGCUGUUUGUAGGCUAUGGUUGGCCGAUGGUCCAAAGAAUUUACUGGAAAAAGGAGCUUUGUGCUUGGGUCCUCAAAAGAAUUUGUAUAAAGUAAAAUCUGAACUGAAAUAUGGUGUAAAAAUGUAUUGCUUGGACUACUACUUCGAGAUCAGCCGUGAUGGCAAGCCUUCGCAGUGGAAUGGUGACUUACAUGAUAUGCAGCUAUCUUUCGGAGUGAAGGACUUUCUGGUGAUUGCACCACUAAGUGCUAGUGGGGUGGUCCUAGAUGCACCUGAGUCAACCAAGCUCUUAAGUGCAACUGCCAUCGCUUUGUCAAACUGUGGAAGCACGUGGCCUGCAUUCGUUCCAGUGCAUGAUCCCUCCCGGAAAGCCUUCAUUGGUAUCCAGAAUAUGGGAACAGUACUUACCAGAAGGUUUGAAGCAGAUCAUAUUGGUAGCCAGGUUCCAGUUAAACUAAUGCAUUUGGAGGGACUGUACGAGUUAUUUAUCUCCAAGUUCGCUUUCUCCUCAAUGGACCUCUCCACAAGUUCUCUCAAUGUCUACUUUACGAUGAAGCUAACCUACAGAACACCUCCUGAUGAUGAUGACAUUGGCAUGCAAGGAAUUGAUGCUGAGAUGACAGAGUCUGAAGAAAAUCACGUAAGUAACAUCCGAAGCAAAAUACAAUGGGACGAUGAUUGUCCUUGGACAGAAUGGUAUUCUGCAGAGGAUCCUAUAAAAGGGUUUGAGUUAAGUAGCGCUUGGUCAAACAAGAUGAUCCAAAGCUCCUCUGAUAUGGCUGAAAUAGAAAAUACUUCGUCAUUUGAGGCUGAGACCUGGCUCCUUUGUCCCUUUCUGUCCCCAAAUUUGGACGGAGGCAAUACUGUUGGAUUUGCUUCGCAGCUGCGUCUGUUGGUAAAUGCAUUGCAUAUCUCCUUUGAAGCCCAAUUUAUGGAGGAAUUCAUUUCAGUUGAAAAGCAUGCUUCUGAUGCCUCAGAUGCUGUACCACCCCCUACAGUCUUAGAUCGGGUGCUUAAAGAUCUCUUUCACCAAGGAGCGCAAAUGUCUGAGUACAGCAAGAGCGAACACAAAAAUUCUCGUACCAUUAAAGGCGCACCUUUAGAAUCUCUUUUUUCUCAGUUUUGUUUGCAUUCACUUUGGUUUGGGACCUGCAACAUUCGUGCUGUGGCCAUGCUCUGGAUAGAGUUUGUUCGAGAAGUUCGUUGGUGCUGGGAAGAGUUGCAGCCAUUACCCAAAAUGCUUAAGUACGGCAGCAUUGACUUGUCUACAUGCCUAAUCCACCAAAAAUUACAAAUGCUUGCAGUAUGUAUUGAGAAGCAACGUCAGUUGGAAGACUCAGAACCUAUUUUUCAAGACAGUGUGGAGGGAGAAGAUGAUUUUGGCGGUAAUGAGGAAGACAGUCAACUUGGAGGGAGCGCAACUCACUUCGGAAUGUCGUCUGGGACGUCUGAUGCGAAACGUGACAGUCAAUCAGGACCAAAAGGCCCUGAUUCACCUGAUCAAAUACGGAGAGGUUCAGCAGGUGUUGCGGGGUCUAUGAUGCUUAUAAAUUCAUACCAAAGGAUGCAUGCUCCGUAUACCCAGGAUCCACCACUUAUGACAGAAGAUAUGCAUGAGGAACGGCUCCGUGCAGUUGAAGCUCUUGGAAAUGCCAUUAACUUCUCUGCGCAAUUGGAGAGGGAUAUAUUAUCCUCAGACAUGUCAGCUUUCAAAGCCGCAAACCCGGAUGCUGUUUUUGAAGAUUUUAUUCGAUGGCACUCCCCAGGUGACUGGGAGUCGAGUGAAACAGAUAAGAGGGUUGGAUCCGGAUUGAAUCAGUUGGAUGGAUUAGGAAAUGAUGAAUGGCCUCCUAAGGGAAGGCUCUCUAACCGCAUGUCUGAAAAGGGAAAUUCGUGGUGGCAACUUUGGAAUGAUGCACCUGUAUUGCCAGCUUCUGAGCAGAAGUCUCUUCUUGAUCCCAAUCGGGAAGGAGAAAAGAUCCUUCAUUACUUGGAAACAUUGCGACCGGAUCAGCUGCUUGAACAAAUGGUUUGUACAGCCUUCAGAGCGUCAGCUGAUACUUUGAACCAGACAUCUUUUGGAGAUCUAAAACAAAUGGCGGCAAAAAUAGGUCAACUUUAUCUGACAAUUACGUCAUCCUUGAAACCAUUGCGAGGAAAUUACCUCCCUAAUAAGGAAGAAACAAUUGCUGACCUGAGGCGGCUGUGUGUUGUCUUUGAAAAUGUGGAGAAGCUGCUACUCCUGGCAGCUUCCUUACAUCGUAAGCUGUCUCAUGCACCUCGCCUCUCAAAGGCAAUCUUUACUGACUACUUCAACUUUUAUCUUCCCAAAAUGGGGACGAGUUCAGUUGGUGGUGACAAUCACAAGGAAUUUGAUAUGAAGCAGCGGGUAGCGGGGAAUGAGAGGGAAGCUAUCAUGAACAUGUUCCCACCACCAACAGCCAACCAAUCAUGGAGGAAGGUUCUUAGUAUGGGGAAUCUUUUCAAUGGCCAUGAACCAGUUGUAAGGGAGAUUAUAUUUUCUAGACGAGACGGCGCAAGUGGUAACCAUUACAGUACUAACAACCCUAUUAACUCAAGCAAAGAAAUAGAGACACAUCGUAUGUACAUUUGUGGAACAUCUAAUGACCUCAGGGUCGCGCUUUCGGUCACCUCGUCAGAUUGAUCUAGUAAUUCGCCUAUUUAAUCCACAUAUAUAUCACUCCCUGUUAUUGUUGUUUAGAGUUGAGGGGAACCAAGUUAUUGGAAAUGUUGUACUACUGUAAGUUUUCUUUUAGGCAUUGUUCGAUACAUAGAAUAAGUUUCUUCUUCGAGAAGUCUCUUUGAAACAUUAUUGGAUCUGAAAAAACUAAAUUCUGCGACAAAGCCAGUCAAUCUCUUUGCAAGUCCAAUCAAUCUCUGGACUUAUAAAAUAACAUUGAGGCUUUGAGCAUCUUAAGAGCAACUGCAGUGGUGCGAGUAUAACCAAAGAUCAAAGACCAAAAAAAACGACUAAAUUUGAGUUUAGUCUGGUGUGUGACGCUACGGGUGGAAGACUAAAUUUGAUCGAGCGUAACACUGUGCAUCCGCCCGUUGUUUUAUAAAAAAAAAAAAAAAAAAUUGGGGCGGAC